AUGUCGGCUACAUUUCAAUGUUUUCUAUUAUUAUCUUUCUUAACGGUUUAUUUGAUUGUGGCUAAUGCUCGAUCGAUUCCUGAGCCUUUCGAUAAUGUGGAUCAAAAUGUAUUCAUUACUCUUGCUAAUUAUCGUCAUCGAUUUGAGAGAUCAAUGAAUAUUAAAAAAUUACGAUGGGCAUUUAACAGUUUAAAUAGCACAGCAUUAUGCGAAGCAUGUGAUCUUUUGGUACCUGAGAUGCGAGUUUUGAUUAUGAUUAAUCGAACAGAUCUAAUUGAUGAUGUUGCCAUUCGAUUUUGUAAAUACUAUAAACUACUUGAUGAAAAUGUGUGCUUAGGAGCGGUCAAAGAAUAUAAAAAUAUUGUAAUAGAAGUACUCGCAAUAUCUCCGCUGACUAAUAAAGAACUUUGUUCGUUAGCAUUUGAAUGUCAAGCACCGCCCUAUUUUCCAGUAGUUGGUUGGAAUGUAACAUUUCCCAAUAAACCAAAACCAACACCUCGACCACCACAACCUCCUACGCCCGGUGCACCAAAAUUAAAUAUUCUCCAUUUAUCUGAUGUUCAUAUAGAUUUUUCCUAUAAACCAGGAUCACAAGCUGAUUGUUCACAACCAUUAUGUUGUAGAGGAGGUCAACCUGCACCUGGUCAUACGGGAGCUGGCUUCUGGGGUGAUUACCGAAAUUGUGAUAUUCCCUAUUGGACUGCAGAAGCUAUCUUAAAAUAUGCGGCUGACUUAGAAGAAGUAGAUUUCAUAUAUUAUACAGGCGACUUACCAGCUCAUAAUGUUUGGAAUCAAUCUCGUGCUGAUCAACUUUAUUCGAUUAAUACAAUCAAUAGUAUGUUAGCAACCGUUUUUCCAAAUAAAACAUUCUAUUCAGCUGUCGGAAAUCAUGAAGCUGCUCCUUGCAAUCUUUAUCCAACACCAAAUAUUCGAACAGAUAACAUAUCUUGGCUGUAUGAAGCAUUAGCUGAUAAUUGGAUACGAUUAGGUUUACCAGCUGAUACACGUGACAGUAUUUUAAAUGGAGCAUUUUACACGGCACUGGUUCGACCCGCUCCUUGCAAUCUUUAUCCAACACCAAAUAUUCGAACAGAUAACAUAUCUUGGCUGUAUGAAGCAUUAGCUGAUAAUUGGAUACGAUUAGGUUUACCAGCUGAUACACGUGACAGUAUUUUAAAUGGAGCAUUUUACACGGCACUGGUUCGACCCGGUUUACGAUUGAUUUCAAUCAAUAUGAAUUACUGCUCCCGUGAAAAUUUUUGGUUACUUGUUAAUUCAACAGAUCCUCUAGGUCAACUUCAAUGGUUAAUUGAUUGGUUACAAUAUGCAGAAGAUCACGAAGAAAAAGUUCAUAUUAUUGGGCAUCAUCCACCACGAUCAUGUUUGGCAUCAUUUGGAUGGAAUUUUUAUAAAAUUGUUAAUCGCUAUGAAAAUACAAUUGCCGGUCAAUUUUAUGGACAUUCACACUUAGAUGAAUUUCUAAUGUUUUAUGAUGAAGAAAAUCGUACACGUCCCGUAUCAAUGGCUUAUAUGGGGCCAUCUCUAACAACUAGUUCUUAUUUGAAUCCCGGUUAUCGUGUCUAUUCCAUAGAUGGUGAUUAUGAAGGCAGCUCUUUUUGGACACUUGAUCAUCGUACAGUUAUUAUGAAUUUAACUGCAUCGAACAUGUACAAUAGAACAAUAUUUACUGAUGAAUAUGAUGCACGUGAUGCAUAUCAAAUGGAAAAUUUAUUUCCUAACGAUUGGGAUAAUGUUGUUCAACGAGCAAAAAGUGAUAUUGAUGGUCCGUUGAUGGGUUUAAUUUAUCAAUACUAUACUAAAUCUUAUGCGGACGGUAGUCAAUGUGAUCAUAACUGUCGCCGAGGAUUGUUAUGUAGUUAUCUAACCGCUCGAGCAAAUGAUCCCCAUGCAUGUGAUUCUAUUCCAACAUUUGUUUGA